AGGUAUUGUACCUCAAUGCCAAGCCUGGUACCUUCGCGGCUGCGGGGCGUUGUUGAAGCAGCACCUGCAUCCAACGUCAUUUCCAUUCAACGCUCCAAUCUCCUCCUCCUCCAAACUUUCUGCCCACAAGUCGCCCUACGACAUCUACUUCCUGGCAAAGCACCAACACCAUGGAAGCAGAAGCCGAGUACUGGACAUUUCCUACCAACCCGGAGGAAUUCGAUCAAGAUGAUCGGAUUUCGUAUUCCAAACUCGACAACAAAUACAUCGCGGUGCAGGAAGAUGGAACCGAGUACGAGUUCGACGCAGAGCUGAAGCGCUGGAUCCCCAUAAUCGACGAGGCUUUGAUCGAGGAACAACAGAGAGGAUACUUUAUGUCCAAUGCCGAUGCCGACAACGAUCGUCAGGGCCCCGCGCAGGGCAGAAAGAGGAAGAUAGACUCGAACGACCGCGAGCAGGACAACAACAAUCACUCUUACAACCAUGAGGAUCGCGUCGCCAAGAAUGCAAAGCGGAAACAGGGCAACCGCGGACCGCCCCAGCCCAAGCAGAAUACCGCCGUGUACGUGACCGGCCUCCCGCCCGAUGCGACCGCCGAGGAAGUUGCCGAGCUCUUCUCGCGCAAGUGCGGCGUCAUCGCCGAGGAGAUCGACAGCGGCAGGCCUCGCAUCAAGAUGUACACGGACGCCGACGGCAACUUCAAGGGCGACGCCCUGAUCGUCUUCUUCAAGCCCCAGUCGGUCGAAAUGGCCAUCAUGCUGUUAGACGACACCGACUUUCGCUUCCCGCCUCCAGAUCCCAACGCACCCAAAAUGCGUGUGCAGGCGGCCGAUUCGAGCUACAAGAAGGUCAAAUACGACGGCGACAACGGAGGCGGUAACGGCGACGCCAAAUCAGGCGAAGGCAGCCGCCCGGACCAAAGGCGCAGCGACCAGGAUAAGGCCAAGAUCAUCAGGAAGACGCAGAAGCUCUCGGCCAAGCUGGCCGACUGGAGCGACGACGAGCCCUCGGCCCUGCACGACGACAACACCCCCGGCGGCGCCAUGCCGGCCAAGGGCGGCAAGUGGGACCGCGUCGUCAUCCUGCGGCACAUGUUCACGCUGGAGGAACUGCAGGAUGAUCCCACCGCGCUGCUCGACAUCAAGGAGGACAUACGCGAGGAGUGCUCCAAGCUGGGCCCGGUGACCAACGUGGUGCUGUACGACGAGGAAGAGGAGGGCAUCGUCAGCGUCCGGUUCCAGACGCGCGAGGCGGCCGAGGCGUGUCUGCGCGUGAUGCACGGGCGGACGUUUGACGGCCGGAUCGUCGAGGCCUAUUUCGCGACGGGGAGGGAGAAGUUCAGGAGGUCCAAGGGGGAUGCGAAGGGAGGUGUGAAGGACGGGGAGCACGAGGAGGACGACUAGACUGCGUUGUGCAGACUCAGUUUGGGUUUCCCUCUCUCGUUUUCUGCCUUUUC